AUGGAAACUCCCGAUCCGCCAGCCGCGCAUAUGGCGCAAGCCCUCGUCGAUUUCUCUCUUUUCGGUGCGUUCCCCGAAGACGCUGUCUCGUCACUACCCAUCAACGCCGAAUCCCUACCCACGGCCAUCAAGGCACUCGCAGACGCCAAGGCAAAGCUUCAGGCCGAAAUACAUGCUAUCAGCGAGGAAACAGCCGACGACGUGAGAACCUGGCAAACGAAUGCGCAAUCCGUCCAGGACGACAUCCUCCGAUCCAAAGCUCUCGCGGCCGAGAUAGUUAAGGCCUCCGAGACCCCUGCCGUGUCAGGACGUACAGUAGACGAGAUCGAAGCGAAAGCCGACUUCCUGAUUCGCGAGCUGAACUACAAUGCCCAAGUCCACGAGACACUCAAGGGAAUCAAAACCGUGAAUCAGACCCUCGAUGAGGUUGAGCAGGCGCGGGAUGAACGGCGCAUUCUAGAUGCACUACACCUACUUGAAAAGUCCUGGAAGCAACUAGAUGUCGUAGGAGUGAACAGGACCUGCCGUGCCGUCAAGCUCCUCGACAUCAGGGCGUUCGAACUGAAAUCAGAUGUUCAUGAUGUGUUUGAUCAUGUGUGGAACGCACUUAUCAAUGUCGAUGCGGAGAGCCAGAGGGUCUCAAUAAGCAGUAGUCGAGAAGAUGAGCCAAUGAGCCUCGAAAACGCCGUAAUAGGUUUGAGGGCAUACAAUGAGGUGGAUGAACGCAUGAGCCGCCUCUGGCAGGACAUCAACAAAGCGAUCCUGCUUCCGAGGAUGGAUAUCAGCAAGGAAACUUUGCCUAGCAUCCACAUUCAAGAUGUCUUCUCUUUCCUAGUCCAGCGGCUACCCCCUGACCUUAUCGAUACUAUCUCGGCCACCCUACUACCAGAAACAAUACACAGUAUUACCAGUGUCUGGCUGGACUCAGCCGUACCAUCAUCUCUCCGGGACAUGGAUAAGUUCCAAGAGGUCAUUGAAGCUGCCAAAGCCUUCUGCGCAAGAUUAAAAGCACUUGGUUUCACUAACCUCGGUGGUCUGCAAGAAUGGGCGGACAAUGCGCCGAAGGUGUGGCUCGCAAAAUGCAGAGAAGCUGCGCUAGAUUCUAUGCGGAUCAAGCUUUCUCGAGGUCUCGGGGCCCCGAAGCGGGUGGAAAAGGUAGAGAAACAGAUGGUUUCGAAGUCAGAAGGCCAGCAAUUGGUCGCUAAUGGUGCUGUCGCUUCUGCUGACGACCACGGCUGGGACGCUUGGGAUGAUGGCGAGCAGGUGGUCCCAGAAGAAACAACAACCAACAAAACUGAUGAGCCCCCGGAUGGCGAUGACGACGGUGCCGAUGCGUGGGGUUGGGGAGAGGAGGAGGCCACAACAGAGGAACCGAGCGUGAAAGCUGCGGCGGUACCUAGCGAGAAAGAACCAGACGAGGAAGAAGACCCGUCGGAAGCUUGGGGAUGGGGUGACGAAGGCGGCGCCGAUGAAGCCGAAACUGCAGACAACCCUACAGCGCCGCGAUCAGAACCACAGACCCGAGAGUUGGUCCUGAAAGAGACUUACAGCAUCUCUUCCACGCCGCAGCCAGUUCUAGACUUGAUAUUUGCGAUAGUCGAAGACGGUGCCGCCUUGACGCAUGACAGCCACGCGAACAGCCCGGUCGCAGCUCAAGCAGCAGGGCUGUUCAGUCUUCCCACGCUCGUCCUAGCCAUAUUUCGGGCCAUUUCACCUCACUAUUACUCUCCGGGGAUCGGUGGCAAUAUGCAAGUCGGACUCCAAAAAACGGUCCUGCGUGACCUAUUAGGCGGCGAACAAAACCUCCUGCACCAACCCGACACCGCAUCCGCCGUCUCCUCGGCCACAGCCCACGCCCGCUCCCUCGCCACGGCCUGGGAGGACAUCCUCGCGCGCUCCGUCUGGCAGCAGGCGGUCGGCAGCCUGGUCGACGCCGUCGCCGCCAAGAUGAUCGCCGACGUCAUGGACCUGCCCUCCAUCGGCCAGGACGAGGCCUACAACAUCGCAGGGCUGAUCUCGUCCGUCGAGGAGCUCGAUGAUUUGUUCCUGCCGAGUCGGUUGGCGGCGGCAUCGGGUUCCCAACGGGGGGUGAUGAAGAAAGUGGAGGGCGAGGUACCUGUGACGGCGCAGUUUGCGGGGAACUGGUUGCGGCUGAAGUAUCUUAGUGAGGUGCUGCAGAGUAACUUGAAGGAUGUGCGGUUCUUGUGGGUGGAAGGGGAGCUGAGCUUGUAUUUUACGGCGGAGGAGGUGGUGGAUUUGGUGAAGGUGAGCUUUGAGGAUAAUGUGAGGACGAGGGAGGUGAUUCGUGAGAUUAGAGGGAAUGUGCAGCCGUUGGGGGUGUGA